AUGUCGAACUCAUCCGAGCAUUGGGGUUCGCCUCUGCCCUUGCGGUCGAAGAGCUUGACAACGGAAACAGACCAGGAGAAGUUCGAGGCACCUCAGCCGGGUCAUGAGGACGCUAUUGAGCAUUUCUUCGAUCUGGAGGGCGCCUCCCUGCCGCUGGCCGGUAAGGACGCAUCCAACACUAUCCCCGGGUUCGUGCCGAUCGAGGGGCACAAGGUCGACCAGCACGUAGCUUCGUUGAAUGAAGCCCUCCAGCACGAAAACGAGUCCGGAGGGAACGGUCCGUGGGUCUAUCCCUGGAGUGAGAAUUGCUGGAUGGGCACUGUUCGUGCGACGUUGCCAGACCAGAAGAUUGGGACGCCGAAGGUUGCGCUGCCGGCGGCCAAGGUCGACUGUAAAUGUCAGCUUCUGGACUUUGGAUCUGGGGAGAAGGAAAAUUUGAUACGAUCGCCCGUUAAGGUUAAUUGGUAG